AUGAGCGGCUUUACAAGCAUGAACCGCGUCGAGCGGACGCAAGAGAGUAGCACAAACUCUGCUCCACGGCCCUCAGUGGCAGACGCUGAACCAACAGACACGGACACCGGCUCGAUACAGACCCAGACCCCAACACAAGAGCCCAGCGGCACAACCAUGACACAGCCACCGCCAGGGACAGACGCAAGCACAGUCACAACCAGCACGCCACCCAUCGACCCGAUGCUCGAUCCGCAGUUCGCAGAGAGCGACACAAACGACACAAAGCCAGCGGACCUGCAACCUGGUGACACACCCGGCCCCAGAUCAGACGACACCUCGCCACGGAGUGUUUCCAGCAGCGGAUCUUCUGUGCCGCAAAAACGGUCCACCGACGAGCCCGUGCACACCCCGACCAAGGUGGCUAGAAUGGAACAGCAUACGCAUCCCCGAGCGAACCAGCGUAAUGGCCAUGCUACACACCAGCAGACCCAGAAUCAGACACCCCACCACCACACCCACAACCACGUAGCGUUUGUGUACAACGAUCAGCCGCCACAGACACAGCCGCCCCAGGGACAGCCACAACAACCACACAAUCCGUUUCUGUACCCCCAGAGCAGAUCGCGGGCUAACCCGCCUCUGGAUAUGGGCACUGUGGACAGCCGUGCCACGACACGACAGCUACUGGAGAGCGAGGAGGGCAGCUCGAUUCGUAACGACAAGUUCAAGCUCGAACACAUCCCCACGGUGUAUCCGACCAUGGAGGACUUUCAGAACCGACCCAAAUACAUGGAGAUGUUGCACAAGUACUAUGGCAAGUAUGGCAUGGUGAAAAUUGUGCCGCCGGAGCGAUGGAAUAUUCCUUUUCGACUGGACACUGAGAUGUUCUGGUUCAAAACCCGCCGACAAGAUCUCAACUCGUCCCUGCAAGGUCGCACCGCCGAACAGUCUUUUGUCAGCGACCUCUUUCAGUUCCAUUUCAAACAUAAGACGCCCAUUUUCAAGCUUCCCAGCAUAGACAAGCGGCCCAUCGACGUCUACCAUCUCUUUCACUGUGUGCACCUCAGAGGCGGGUUUGUGGAAGUGUGCCGACGCAAGUUGUGGGCUCAAGUGGGUCGUGAACUCGGCUACAGCGGCAAAAUCAUGACUUCUUUGAGUACCUCUCUCAAAUCGUCGUAUCAGAAGAUUUUGCACCCCUUUGACCAGUACUUGGAAAGCAGUCAAGGCCCCAAAAAAUACCGUCCGGUGAUGCCUCUCGCCAACUACCAGCUCUCUUCAACUGCUGAUCAUAAAGAUCCUGCUUCCAAGGAAUCUUCUGCUGUGGACCAGCGCAACUCGCCUGUCGUGGGCUCCAAUUUGCUACUCCUUCGUGAAGGAAAGUAUCAGCCUCCAGACGUCUCCAUCUCUGCUGCAAUGGACGACGAGAUCGACGAGUUUGCCGUCCAAUGUUCAAAGGUGCCCCACAAGGUGGGUUACUCGGGAAUCGAACUCACACCCGCAGACUCGAAGAACGCAGCGUCAUAUAAUCUCCGGCAGUUUCAGCAAAAGUGUGAGAGGUUUGACGAGAGCUAUCUCGGCACACGCAAAAAGCCGUCGGGCCAAGAGGGUGAAAAUUUUGUCGAGAACGAGUACUGGGAGGCUCUUGGCGAUUCGGAGCUCGCGGUGGAGGUAGAGUAUGGCAGCAACAUCCAUUCUGCCAUCCACGGAUCAACGAAUGCCAUGCCUGAGCAAAACUCCCUGCGCAAUGUCAAUGACCAGUGGAACUUGAACGUUGCGCCUCACAUGCGCGAUGGGAUGUUCCAAUACGUGGACGAUUCUGCAGCGCUGCAGAUCACUAUGCCAUGGCUACAUGUCGGCAUGAUGUUUUCGACGCAGUCCUGGUCUGUGGAGGACAUGAUGCUGUGGUCAUUGGACUACAUGCACUUUGGCAGCACUCGCACGUGGUACUCCGUCUCUCCCGCUCAUUACGGCAAGUUUCAGAAUCUCAUCGAGCAGUACAUCUCCAAGGGCGAGCGGAAAAUCGGACCCAAGUUCGUGCUUGAACCUGAUUUGAUGAUUUCGCCGCAGGUGUUGAGAGACGAAGGCAUCGACGUGUAUAUCUGCGACCAGCGGCCCGGGGAUUAUGUCCUUUCCUUCCCUCAGUCGUACAGGUCGCAUUUUUGCCAUGGUUUCAACAUGAGCGAGAGUGUCAAUUUGUGUCCGUUGUCCUGGCUUGAUGGUCCUGCCCAGGAGUGUGCUUCAUUGUACUCCAAGUACUCUCAGCUGCCUGCCUUUUCAUACGAACGGGUGCUUCUGAACAUUGCCAAAAGAGGCCGCCUGAGCGAGAAGCAGGCCACUGCUGCUCGUUUCAUCGAGGUUAUUGAACGGGAACAAGAAUUACGAAAGGUUGUCAGAGACAGCGGUGUUUCUGAAGAGAAGGCUGAAUCUGAGGAGCUCAUCUUCUGCGACUCCACUUUACAGCCUCUCAUCUUUUCGUACGUUUCUGUGCUCUCCGACGACGAAAUUGGCCCUUGGGAAACGACAUAUGCCCUGUCAGCCUCGAAAGAAGUCGCUUCGAAGAAGACUCUCAAAGUACUGAUCUCAGACAAGGAGCUGGACCGAAUGUACGAGACUGCCAAGUACAUUUCAGCCACCAAAGACUAUGGAGAAACAUCGUGGAUGCGUCGAUUGGCAGAGACCAUGGAGUCGCCUGCUCCCUCUCUUCUGCACUGUCGCGAGCUCCUAUAUGACGGCCAGAACAUCAACCCUAAGAUGACCGAGUUGUACUAUUUGCAUCAGUUUGUGGCUACUUGUGAGCACUGGGUGACACGUGCCCGGGCAUUCUUGGACCAGGGUAAGCGCUCCUACGAACGAAAAGAGCGGGAGGGACCCGUGGAUAAAGAGCCCGAAGUACCUCAAGUGUCCAGAGAGGAGAUUACGCUGCUUGUUGAAGGGUACAAUCAGAUGCCGUUUUCGUGUUCUGAGGCCGACGACUUUUUCGAGUGCCUGCGGAACUUGGAACAGCUGGCGUCUGACGUGCAGUAUGCUCUGCAUGAUCCCUCGUGCACUUAUACCCCCAUCGAGUACAUUCGGCUGGUUCACGAAGUCCGGCAUGCUUCUGUAGCAAUUCCUUAUGCCGACCAGCUGUACCAAUUGUGUACCAAGCUGCGAUGGUGUGAAAAGGCACUGGGUCUGAUUGACCGGGCGUGUGCGGAAACGAUUCAGGCCACGCUCCGAGAGGGCGAUUUGAUAGGUUUCAACAUGUCUGAAGUUGCGUACCGAGAACUCAUGGCGCACCUUCAACAUGUCAUCAACCAGGGACAUGACUAUGUGCCUCCGCUAAGACCGAAGGAGAAAAACAUUCAUUUCUUGAAAGUCGAAGAGGGACAAAAGAAGGAAAAAGAUCUGGAUGUGGUGAUGGAGCAUGCGGUAGAAGAUGUGACUGUGGACGUUGAUACCCGAAGUACGUCUCCCAGCACAGGAACCGCAGACACAGAAGACGCACGUGUGGAGAUGCAACUGGUAGCACAUAUUGAGCCCCCGGAGAUUUCCAUUCCCGUGUCGUUUGUGUCAGAUCCUCUGCCCCCUGCUGAAAUUAUCCCCCGUCCUGCAUCGCACUUGCCCUCCCAAAAGCCUGUGGACACUGCAGCCGCUCUAGAGGAGUCCACGGAGCUCGAGACUGCGGGAGAUGGCUCCCUGUCCAUUGACUACUCCGAGAUGGUCAUUCAGCUGGGCAGUGAGUCGGUCGACAAGCGCCCUGAUCUCAAGACUGCCGCUGAGCUGCUUGCUCUAGCCGAGGCGGAGGACGAUGUGUCUCUCCCCACUCUCCAAACGUGCAUGAAGACAAAUGAGGAAUGGCUCAAACGGGGCAAGGCGACCUUCUACAGACGUUCUGGUGCAAACCGAGCCAUGAUGACACGUCUCAAAGCCAUUUACAAGUCACUCAAUUUGUGCUGCUCGGAAGAAGACACAUAUGAGCGAGACGUUAAGGCCUUGGCUGCUGAGGAAAAGGGAGAGCCGUUGGAGCCAUCUGAGGCCAAGCUAUUUUGCUUCUGUCGACAGCGGGAGUCCGGAGUCAUGGUGGGAUGUGACAAGUGCGCCGAGUGGUAUCACUCCAAGUGUCUCAAGAAUGCCGGCGUUAAGACACGGUCUCAGGAGGAGUUUAUCUGUCAUAUCUGUGACAGUCAUGUGCCCACACAGUGGAAGGACUACAAGCCCAGUCUCGAGGAGAUUGAGGAGGUGUUUCAACAGUCGCAUUGGCUGCCGCUGCAGUGUCCCGAGGUGGUGCUGUUGCAACACGUGAUUCAGAAGGCCAGUGAAGUGCAGGAAAAGCUGCAGACGCAGGUGAUUCGGGGCCAGGCGGCCGACACGAGCGAUAUUCCCGCUGACGAGGCGCGCUACUAUUUGCGCCGGCUGGAGGGUCUGGAGCUUGUGAUUCCCAAAAUGGUGGACUAUUUCCGUCAGGUGAUUUGGACGAAGGAUCCUGUCGGCUCCAAGCCUCCUACUCCGGCUCUGGAGGUGGUCAAGCACAGUAAGACGCAGGGCAAGAAGAAGAAGGAGAAGGAGGCCAAGAAGGAGGUCAAGGUGGAGGUAAAGGAGGAGGUCAAGAGUUGA